GCCACUCCCCUACUCCUGCGUUUGACAACAAUAUGGCGGCGCCCAUCACAUUACACCUGGCAUUUGGGGGAGGGGCUGAGCUGCUAUUUGAUGGUGUAAAGGAACAUCAUGUGACUCUUCCCAGCCAAUCAGAACCCUGGAACAUGAAGCAGCUGCUGGUCUGGAUUGGGCAGAACCUGCUGAAGGAGCGACCAGAACUCUUUGUUCAGGGAGACGACGUGAGGCCUGGAAUCCUGGUGCUCAUCAACGACGCAGACUGGGAGCUUAUGGGGCAACUGGACUACGAGCUCCAGGACAAAGACAACGUAGUGUUCAUCUCCACCCUGCAUGGCGGGUAGACACGUACGCAGAGAAGGGGAACACACACACACACACACACACAAGAACACAAGAACACACCCCAUGGGAUGAGCAUUCCAAUAAUUUGGUUUACGAUUUGAAUAAAGUGAUGAUGAUGAUGUUGAUGAUGUCAGACUAUAUAGAAGCAACCGGAACAUUAAACUACCUGGACCCUCGUUUCACCCAUCCUCUUCAGAAGGGCUUCACACUGAAGCCUACAGCCUUCAAGGCUCUCAGAGGCCCCGGGCCAGGCUGAGGGGUGCCUGUUUGUAUGUCAGUGUGUUGAGAAGACUGAACACAUGCUUCUUAUUUUUUUUUUUAUGUCAUAAUGUAUCAUGGUUUAUGACAAAAAUCCAAGGAUUGUUACAUUAAAGUUUUUUUUUUCUAUUUUGUGUUGUAUAUACUGUAUAUUAUGUCAAAUUUAUAUUUAGUGUUUGGUCUUAUUUAUCUAGUGUACAUUUGGCAAUACAUUCAAGAAAAUCAAGAAAUGUAAACAAUUGAAUGCCUUUGCAAAGAAUAUUUCCACAAUUUUAUUUUAAAUUCUAGUUAUUAAGACAGAUUUAUUUUAUAAGGAACUUUGUGACAUUUUCCGGAGGGAAAAAAUACUGGUUAACUUGAUAAACGACAACAUAAUUUAGACAAAAGCCAAAUUUACCAGGUUAACUUGCUUUUAUUUCAAUCAAUGUUCAUUUUUCGAGCCUGAUUUUCGUUGAAAACGUCAAACCUCUAAUUUGACACUUUUGACAUAUAUUUUGAACAUUUCAUCCUUUUAAUUCGUUGUCAUUGAUUAAUUUAUCCAGACGCUCGGCUGUGUGUACCAAACUAAUGCAGACAUUACCAUAAUGUUUCACUCAAUAAAUUAGGUAUUUUUUAAAUCACGCUUCGAUAAUUCCCUCAGAUAUAUCGGAUCGAUUUCAGCCCAGCUGGGUGAUCGGAUUUGAGUUUUAGGGUGAUUAGAGGGGACUUCAGGGACUACUUGGCGUUUCUAUGGGCCCAUCCAGCAGAACGCUAAGGGGACUGGCGGGAAACCUCCAGUCCCGCUGCGGGGGGUCGCGGUCUAGCCUCGGGGUCGCCCUCCCCGAAAACGCCUGCGGCGACCAAAAGCCUUUUUCUCGGUUGUGGAGUCCGAUUUGCAACGGGAAACUGGCUGAUAAUGGCCAGGAGAAAGAAAAUGC